CCCCCCGGAGCCGCCUCCCCUCCCCCAACCUCAGUGCCCGCCCCUGGGAGCUGCAGCGGCUGCGUUAUGGGGGCCUGCCUGGGGGUCUGCUCGGUUCUCAGCUGUGUGUCCUGCCUGUGUGGCUCAGCACCAUGCCUGCUCUGCGGCUGCUGCCCCUCAGCCAAGAACUCCACCAUCUCCCGUCUGCUCUUCACCUUCUUCCUCUUCCUCGGUACGCUGGUCUCCAUCAUCAUGAUCAUCCCUGGGGUGGAGAAGGAGCUGCACAAGCUCCCAGGUUUCUGCAAGGGCAGCGACUCAGUGCUGGGGGUCCAAGCUGACAUCGACUGCAGUGGUUUCCUGGGCCACAAGGCCGUGUACCGCAUGGGCUUUGCCACAGCUGCCUUCUUCUUCCUCUUUGCUGUGCUGAUGGUGUGUGUGCGCAGCAGCAAGGACCCGAGAGCUGCCAUACAGAAUGGCUUCUGGUUCUUCAAGUUCCUGCUGCUGGUGGGGCUCACAGUGGGGGCCUUCUACAUCCCUGAUGGCUCCUUUACAUCAGUUUGGUUCUACUUUGGCGUGGUCGGCUCCUUCCUCUUCAUCCUCAUCCAGCUCAUCCUCCUCAUCGACUUUGCCCACUCCUGGAGUCAGCUGUGGCUGCGCAAUGCAGAUGAGAGCAAUGCCAAGGGCUGGUAUGCAGCCCUUUGCACUGUCACCUUCAUCUUCUAUGCUGCCUCCAUCACGGCCAUUGCUUUGCUCUAUGUCUACUACACCAAACCCCAGGGCUGCACGGAGGGCAAAGUCCUCAUCAGCAUCAGCCUCAUCCUCUGCGUCAUCAUCUCGGCCGUAUCCAUCCUGCCCAAAAUCCAGGAAGCUCAGCCACACUCAGGGCUGCUGCAGGCAUCUCUCAUCACCCUUUACACCAUCUUCAUCACUUGGUGUGCCCUGGCCAACGUCCCCACCCAGGAGUGUAACCCCACACUGCUGCUGAGAAACAGUACUGGCUCAGCUACAGCCCCACAGACAGUGACAACAUGGUGGGACGCGCCGAGCAUUGUGGGGCUGGUGGUCUUCAUCCUCUGCACACUCUUCAUCAGCAUCCGCUCCUCAGACCACACCCAGGUCAAUAAGCUGAUGCAGACGGAGGAGAGCGGGGCUGGAGCUGGGACUGAGGCAGCAGCAGAGAGUGGGGUGCACCGAGCCUACGACAACGAGCAGGAGGGCGUCACCUACAGCUACAGCUUCUUCCACCUCUGCCUCCUCCUUGCUGCCCUCUACAUCAUGAUGACCCUCACCAACUGGUACAGGCCUGAUGACAGCCUGCAGGUGCUGUACAGCCCCUGGACAGCCGUGUGGGUGAAGAUCAGCUCCAGCUGGGCCGGGCUGCUGCUCUACGUGUGGACGUUGGUGGCCCCCCUGGUGCUGCCAGAGCGGGACUUCAGCUGAGCACUGCUGCAGGGUCCCCUCCUUGCCCAGUGCCUUACACCUAGACUCGAGUUUUGCACGUGGGUUUUGUGUCUUCUUGCAGGUUUUCCAUUUUAAUUUAAAAGGGAUAAAGUGCCAAGCAGGGACAAUCAGCGAAAGGACUGAGUAUGACUUGAGGAUUGCUGUAAAGCUCUUCUCCCUCUGUGCUUGUCUAGUGCCUUCAGCAGUGCCUCCAGCCCCUCCUCUUUCAGUGUUUGGAGGGAGUUGCAGAGGCUGCUCUCACCUGCCUUGGUGUCCUGGGACUUUGGUGCCUUUUGGGUGGUGACAAGGAAGCAGGACUUGGCACCAGGCACUUCCCCAGGGAGCCCUGAGGACAGCCAUGCUGGGGGCUGAUGUUGCUUGUGCCCCCUGAGCUUUGGUGGCUGGGUGGCUCCUGCAGGGCUCCCCCUGCCUCCUGCAUAAAGUUUUGUUUGGAAAAAAGCCCAGACACCCUUGUGUCCUCUUGGGGUCUCUCGUCACGUGCGUUCAUGGUGGCUGCACAGUGGGACAUCACCUGCAUUGUGCGUGCUCUGUGCAUCACCUUGCAUCCUGCAACCUUUGGUCUGCAUCUUGCAUCCUUCCUCCUGCAUCCCAGUACUCUUCAGCCUGCUCUGUGCACCCUGCAGCCUUCACCCUACAGCCUUCAUCCUGCAACACACAUCCUUCAUCCCUACAUCCUUCAUGCUGCAUCCUACACCCUGCAUCCUCUCGCAUCCUGCAUCCUUCACCCUGCAUCCUUCACCCUGCAUCCUUCACCCUGCAUCCUUCACCCUGCAUCCUUCACCCUGCAUCCUUCACCCUGCAUCCUAGCAUCCCACAUAUCACAUCCUCUUAUCCUUGCAUCCUUCGUCCUCCGUCCUAGCAUCCUUCAUUCUGCAUCCUUCAUCCUGCAUCAUCCGUCCUUGCAUCUGGCCCCCUGCAUGCUCCACCCUGCAUCCUUCAUCCUACAUCUUGCACCCUGCAUCCUUUUCCCCUGCACCCUGCAUCCACACAUUGCAUAAUUUCUCCCACACCUCUGCAGCCUCUGGAACGUGCAGGGCUGCAUCCCAGGGACAAGCUGUGCACCGCAACGGGAACGAGGGGCGGGGACGUGCGAGGUCCCGUUGGUCGCCACGAGGUGGUGCUGGCGGCACGCGCCCAGCGUCCUCCUGCAGAAAGCAACCCUUCACCGUGCAUCCUGCACCCUGUAUCCUGUAUCACGAGUUGGGCUUGCUGCACCUUUCAUCCUUCACCCUGCACCCUUCUGUCUGCGCCCUUAAGUCUGCAUGGUGCACCCUGCAGGCUGCAUCUUUCAUGCUGCACUUUACAAUCUGCAUCCUGCAGCACCCAUCCUGCAACCUCAGCAUGCACAAUGCAUCCUGCACCCUUUACCUCAUGCCUACAUCCUGCACUGUCUCAUGCAUCCUUCAUCCAACACCCUUCACUGAUCAUCCUGCUCCCCACAUGUUGUGUCCCACAUUCCUACAUCCUUCGCCCUGCACCUUUCACUGCACAUCCUGCACCCUUCAUCCUGCACCCUGCGUGUCUGCUGCACCCUGCAUCCUUCAUCUUGCAUCCUGCACCCUGCAUCUUGCAUCAUCUAUCCUGCAUCCUCACCAUGCACAAUACAUCCUGCAUCCCUCACUUUGCAUCAAGCACCGUGUCAUGCAUCCUUCACCCCACACCCUUCAUCCUUACCCCUUCACCACUCAUCCUGCACCCCAUACUUUGCCACCUGCACUCUGCAACCUUUCUGCAUCCCCCAGGUGUGCUGGGCUGUGUGAGCAGAGCUGGGCUGUGACGUGCCCUACGUGUGUCCCUGUGUGUCCCCAUGUGCACCACAGGCAACUGCAGAAAUAACCCACCAGCAAUUAUCAUUCUCAUGAGUUUUCUUGGGGAGAUUUGAAUGGCCCAAAGCACUGCUAUGGAUUUAUUUCACUGACGUCUCCUCUGCAGUAUUUAUCACAAUGCAAACAGCCUCCGCUCUUCAUUUUCUUCAUGGAACAGUUCAGCCAAUGCAUCCCAAUGGCAAACCCAACUCUAAUUGCUGUAAUUACUCCAAUUCACCCUUCUUGGUUGGGGCAACUCAGAAUUACAACCUCAGGGAACAAUGGACAGAGGACAAGAAAUCAGGAAAGGGUAGCAGGAGACCUGUGUGGAUGAGCAAGGAGCUCGUGCACAAACUCAAAGGAAAGAAGAAGGUCCAUGAAAUGUGGAAAAAGGGUCUGAGUGCUUGGGAGGAAUAUAGAAACGUUGUCAGGGCCUGCAGGGAUGCGACGAGGAAGGCUAAAGCCCACCUGGAAUUGAAUCUGGCACAGGUGAUAAAGGAUAAUAAAAAAGGCUUUUUAAAGUGUGUUAACAGUAAAA